GUACGCUACUGACGUAGCAACCGCUUUAUAAAAGUGGUAAGAUACAAAUGGCUUCUGAUGGUGAAAAUGGGCUUUCGGAUAACUAUCAAUCGUCCAAAAUUGUCACAGAGCAACUGUCAGGCAGUGAAAAAGAGUUGGAAAAGAAGAAGGAAAAAUUUCAAGCGGCAGUUUUUCUGACUGCUGUAACAGGAAUAGCUGCAACAUUGGGUUUUGGAACGACAGUAAUUGCAGCCCGACGACAGGAUCCAAAGUUCUUUCAAGAAGGCAUUUCUGGGACAAAAGCAAUGACGGAAACUGGAGCAUCGUUAGCUCUUAGAGCACUAAGCUGGGGAACAUUGUACGCUGUAACGGGCUGCGGCAUGUUAUGUUACGGUCUUUGGAAAUUUUCAGGAGCAUCAAAUGCAGAGGAGUUCAAAAGAGCCAUGGGUUCAAUGUUGCCUAGGAUAUCAAAAAAUGAUCCACCUCAGAGUAGGACAGAGUUCGAAGGACUUACUGAUUUGUUAACAUACAUCUCUGAAGACUGGGGUAAAGAAAAUGUGAAAGAAUCUAAAUAAAUCAAGAUGAUGUAAUUCUACUUUACUGAUCAUUCAUUGUUAAUAGUUCUAGUCAAGAUUUAAUGAUGUAUAACAUUUUUUGUAAGGAGAUACGAAUUACAAUUCGAAAUAGAACCAAAUUUUUUUUAUGCAUAUCUGAAUAUUAUUUACAAACAAGGCUAACUAGUUUUCCUAUGAUCGUCAGAAUUAUUCUCUCUCUUUUAGUACAUCAUGAUUUGAUCUUAAUCAAUGUAUAAAUAGUGCUGGACUUAUAAGUCAGGUGCUGGCAUCUCUCAUCUAGUUUAACAGG